UCCCUCGGUGUCCCUCCUCCUUCUCGAGCUGCGGACCGCGGCAGCAAAUCAGUCAAGCAGCCGCCGGCCUGCUCUUGCUCUCGGGCGACCUCCUUGCCUCGCCCGCCUCCUCGCGGUCCCCCGGGAGCCGCGCCUUAGCGGCGCUUCCUGCCCGCCCCUCGCGGGUGGCGGCAGCUGAGUUCGGCGGCGAUGGACGGCGAGCCGAGCAGCAAGGAGCCCGAUGCUGCCGACAGUUCUCCUCAUGGGACACCUCAAAAAUAUGACCCAAGUUUCAAAGGCCCUAUUUAUGAUAGGGGCUGCACGGAUAUCAUCUGCUGCAUCCUGCUCCUGGUUGCCAUCGUGGGCUAUGUUGCCGUGGGCGUCGUGGCAUGGACUCAAGGAGAUCCCCGGAAGGUGAUCUAUCCAACAGAUAGUCGUGGGCAGUUCUGUGGCCAGAAGGGAACCAUCAAUGAGAACAAACCCUACUUAUUCUAUUUCAACAUCAUGAAGUGUGCCAGCCCUUUGGUGCUGCUGGAAUUUCAGUGUCCCACAACACAGAUCUGUGUCAGCCAGUGCCCCAACCAAUAUCUCACCUACCUACAAGUUUCAACCAGUGAAAUAUUAUCCAAGGACCUCAAGGAAUACUAUCUGCAGUUUUGUGUUCCAGGAUUUAAAGAUUUGAAGAAGAGCGCAACUGAAGUUUUGAGAGAUGGUGACUGUCCUGCCAUGCUCACUCCAAGCAGGCCCGUGGCUCGUAGAUGUUUACCUGCAAUCAGUGCCAAGAAAGGAGUUAUCAUGGUUGGAAAUGAGACUACCUUCGAUGAUGGAAGUGGAGGUGGAAAGACAAGAAAUGUGACAGAUCUUGUGGAAGGUGCCAGAAAGGCAAAUGUGGUUCUGGAAGCAAGACAAGUGGCUAUGAAGAUUUUUGAAGAUUACACCGUUUCCUGGUACUGGAUAAUAAUAGGCCUGGUGAUUUCUAUGGUGGUCAGUCUCAUCUUUAUUGUCUUGCUUCGGUUCCUGGCAGGGAUCAUGGUCUGGGUGAUGAUUGUGCUGGUGAUCCUGGUGCUUGGAUACGGGAUCUUCCAUUGUUACAUGGAGUAUGCCCAGCUGAAAGGACAAGCGGGGUCUGAUGUUUCCUUGAUGGAGCUUGGGUUCCAGACAGAUCUCCGUGUCUAUCUCCAUCUGAAGCAAACCUGGCUAGCUUUCAUGAUCAUCCUCUGUAUUCUGGAAGUUGUCAUCAUCCUACUGCUGAUCUUUUUGCGCAAGAGGAUCCUCAUUGCCAUUGCAUUGAUCAAGGAAGCCAGCAGGGCCAUUGGUCACAUCAUGACGUCCUUGCUGUUUCCCCUCUGCACUUUCUUCCUUGUGUGUCUUUGCAUUGCUUACUGGGCCAGCACAGCUGUUUUCUUGUCUACCUCCAAUGAAGCUGUCUACAAGGUGUUUAACGAGACAGAAUGCAAAUAUGCUGGAGAGACGUGCAAUCCAGAGACUUUCAAUACUUCCAACAUCACCAAGCAGUGCCGAGAUGCUCGUUGCCAGUUUGCCUUCUAUGGCGGUGAGACAGCCUAUCACAAGUACCUCAUCAUCUUCCAGAUCUACAAUGCCUUCAUGUUCUUCUGGCUAGCCAAUUUUGUCAUUGCCUUGGGCCAAGUCACAUUGGCUGGAGCCUUUGCCUCCUACUACUGGGCCUUCAAGAAACCUGAUGAUAUGCCGGCCUUCCCUCUCUUUUCCUCCUUUGGCCGUGCACUCAGGUAUCAUACUGGCUCGCUGGCCUUUGGAUCUCUGAUUCUUGCUGUUGUCCAGAUUAUUCGUGUCCUUCUGGAAUACUUGGAUCAUAGGUUGAAAGCUGCAGAGAACAGGUUUGCCAAGUUCCUCUUGACUUGUCUCAAAUGCUGCUUUUGGUGCCUAGAGAAGUUCAUCAAGUUCUUGAACAGGAAUGCAUACAUUAUGAUUGCCAUCUACGGCACCAACUUCUGCACUUCUGCGAGGAAUGCCUUUUUACUGCUCAUGCGAAAUAUCAUCAGAGUGGCUGUUCUGGAUAAAGUCACCGAUUUCCUGCUUUUCCUUGGCAAACUCCUUAUUGUAGGAAGUGUUGGUAUACUUGCCUUCUUCUUUUUCACCCAGAGAAUAAAAGUGAUUCAAGAUACAGCACCACCUCUCAACUAUUACUGGGUCCCCAUUCUGACUGUGAUUGUUGGCUCCUAUCUCAUUGCACAUGGAUUCUUCAGUGUGUAUGCCAUGUGUGUUGACACACUCUUCCUCUGCUUUUUGGAAGAUUUGGAACGUAAUGACGGCUCUGCCGAAAAGCCUUACUUCAUGUCACCUAACCUGCAAAAGCUCUUGAAGAAGACAAACAAACAACAAACAGAUGCAUAACUGUCCUCCUUUGCCUGUGCUUCAUAGAGAGCAUACAAAAGAUGUAUUGAAAACAAACCAGUCUGAAUUUAUCACUUCCUUUCUUUAAAGAGCAAGAUACGUGGGAUUAAAACGUGCCGUUUCUGACCAAGCAAUGCUAUCCUGCUCAUAAUUAGCUGUCUGAUGUGCUGGCGUAACACUUCUUGUCUACUAAUACAGACAGGAGACAUUCUGCCAGUUCUGCGCAAUCCACUGAAACUAAAGACGCAAUAGCAACUGAACUGAUUUAGUUAACUACGUAUUCCAAAAACUUCUGUUCUUAUAGAGAACCCCUUAUUUCAAUGUAAUUCUUGGCUACUUCAGAUGAACACCUUCAAGCAGGAAUAGAUUAUCUCAAGAAGGCUAAAAAAUAUGCUUCAGAUUUCCUAGCAACGUUGCUGAGGACUACACUCCAGAAGGUGUGGGGCUAAGAUGACUAAUUUGCACAUUUAAAUGUUUGUUACUUUGCUUUUAUAUUUUUAAUGCAGUGGUUAUUUACCUUAAAAUUUGCUACAUAGUUUUUUGUUAACUGAAAACCUGAUUUAACUAAAAAAAAUCUUUUUAACAACAACAAAUCAAUCUUGACCCCUCUACUGGCCCUUUUUUUAGGUAAGUUCUUGAGGGACUGGGGGCACCAGAGGUUCAAGGAGCCCUCAAAACAUGACAUGCCCCCCCAUGUCCUUAAAGGGCACAAGGGGAUUUUCUGAGAAAAAUUAACUUUCUAAAAAUAUUUGAGGGGCUUGCAAAAACGGCCCUGAGGGUCACAUGUGGCUCACAUGCUAAAUGUGGCCCAUUCCUGCCUUAAAAGUUCAGGUUACUCAAGGAAGAGUUAAAAUACAAUCUGGUGACUUUAUAGAGACUUUAUUUUAUUUAUUUUAAAAAAUAUAUCUAGGUUGUCCUUCCAUGCCAGUCAGCAUUUGCAGCCUAGUUUUGGUUAUGGGUCAUUAGUAAAAUCUUAGUAAGAAAAUAUUUUUAGUUAUGCACAUUUGGGGCUGCUAAUGGCAGAAAACUGGGAAAUAGCUUAAGUUCUUCAGAGGAGAUGAGCCAAAUUUGUUAUGGCAGCUUUCAGUUGAAAAAAUGUCUACAUUUUUUUUAUUUGGGAAAAAGUUGUGUGUUUGGGAAAAAAUUGUAACCAAUAAGGGUGAGGUAUAAAUUAGCUUUGAUAUGAAACAGAACCUAAUAUAUGCAAGGACAUGAUAGUAAAAGAAGAAAGCAGGGAUAAUGUAAAAAGUCCCAAAUUAAUUGGUUAUAUACCAAUGAGAUAAUGGCAACUUUCUACAGAGAAAAUGAUAAAGCCUGCUUUCAGAAGUUUUAACUUUAUUUUUUGCUUUUCUGUAUUCUAUAGUCUCCUGUACAUCCUUGUAUCUCAGAAGUAUUUUAUAACUGAAAUAUUAAAUAUUUUGUUUUGUACA